CGUGAAGUAUCAAAAAUGCUAGGAAAAUUGGUUCACCUUGGGAUCGACGCCAUCAUCAUCAGUGCCUUUUUAGCAGGAGUGAAACGCACAACAGGCCUGACGCCUGCUUUAGGACAAGUUCCCAACAAAGACAUACGACAGCUGUUGCGUUCAUAUCUUGAAAUGGGCGAGUACACCUUCGAUUUUGCGGUUGUCAUGUUUGGACGAUCUUCGUCCUUUGAGAGGACACGCUGAUAUCAUUCGGCCUCAUACAUGUUCGCAUCUUGUUACUGUUGUACCUUUUACUCGCAGUUGUAUGUCUCUUGUAACACACGGCAUCAGACUAUAUUUAUAUUAUCUAUACUCUGUCCUCUCAUCAAAGGGAGUAUAAGAAUUGGGGUGCACCCUCACUCGCAUGCCAGUAUCCUUAU